AUGACGGAUCCAGGGUUGUCGGAAGAUGCGCUCAUAGAGAAGGAGUUCAAUGAGAACGCGACGGAGCUCAUUAUUUCGGAGGCAAAUAUGGCUCUGGAAGCGUUCUUGGAGAAGAAGCGCCAGCUGGACCCGGACUACCAGCCCUCGGAGGUCUUUGAGAAGUUUUACAAGUACACGAAAGCGUUCGGACAGGACUUCAGCGUCGAGGAGAUCCUGGAGCAGGUCCGGCAGCGGCUGGAGCAGGUCGGGAUGACGAAGCACGAGAUCGCGAUGAUCGGGUCGCUCGUGCCGGAGUCCGCGGAGCAGGCCAAGAAGUACCUCGAACCUCUGGAGCGGAUACCCGACGAAGAGCUGGAGGACGUCCUGAAGGAGCUGCGCAGCCUCAAGGCGAUGUGCUCGUGA